AUGUCGUCGGCGCAGCCUGAGGUGGACGAUUCGCUCACGUCACUUCAUUGGCUUCAAAAUCUCAACAUCAUGGGCAGAAUCGGUUCACCAACUCCACCAACUCCGCCAGCUAGUCCGGUGCCAUUCGAUGAAGUGCCGUCAAUCAUACCUCGGAAGCCUUCACCACCUCCUACGGUUGUUCGAAAGAGACCGCCACCAACGAUUGAUUUCGCCAACGAUGAUUCUGUUAAACCACCAUUCUCCUACGCCAAUCUCAUUUGCAUGGCGAUGCAGAACAAUUCCAACAAAAUGACACUCUCUGCCAUCUACAAGUGGAUCCGAGAUAAUUUUAAAUACUACCGGAACGCAGAUCCCGGCUGGCAGAACUCGAUCCGCCACAACCUUUCCUUGAACAAAUGCUUCAUCAAAAUUCCUCGGCAAAAAGACGAACCCGGAAAAGGCGGUUUCUGGAAAUUGGAUCCAAACUACGUCAAUCACAUGGUAGACGGUUCAUUCAAAAAGAGGAAGGUCACAUCGAACACCAGCUUCACAAGUCGACCGCAGGGAAAGAAGAAAACGAUCGAGACUAAAGACGUCGUUCUUGGAAUUUCGCCCAAAGUUGUGCAACUCAUUCAAAAGAAGGAGAAGACAUGCAGUCCUCUUCAGCCACAUUGCGGAAAUCUUUCACCACCGCUGCCUUCCUUCCCGACGCUAGAGAAAAGUUCAAUCAACUCUAGCUUCGUAUCGGUGGGCAACCCGGCCCAACAAGUUGUCAUCGAGACGGAGCAAGCCGUGCAGAGUCUUGAGAUGGAACAAGGUCUCCUGACGGAUCCGCUGAAAGGCGAUCUCUCAUGGAUACUCUCGGAGGGUGAGCUGGGGCUAGAACAGCUCGAGGUCGUUGAAGUGACCACAGCCGACGGUGUCUUUAGUGUGCCCCAGGGGACCGUUUUAGCCGACGGACAACUACUCGUUAAUGGACCGGUGUCGCGGGAGGAGCACCAGACUGAACAAAAUGAUGCUUUACAGAGUACCACCGAAGGUACUGGGGAUAUCUGGUGGGAGAGCUGUUUCAACGGCCAAGCUGACUUGUCGAUAGGGGGUCUCAGAGGAGCUACGGUGGGUGUUCCCUCGGUGACUUCAGCCACACCUCCAACGGAAGCUUCGCCCCCUCAGCAAUUGGAUUUGUUACCUCCGACACAAUUCGUGCCACCGGUGACUACUCCGAACGUGGCUCACAAUGCCGGCGCUGAUCUCCAGUUCACCACCGUAACCAAUGGUUCAGCUGGUGCAACAUCUCAUUGGGACGACGAAUGCAGAACUGCCUUGGAGGCUGCCGCGAUUGAACUUGAAGCGUACAACUUUUAA